AUGAGCCCCUUCCGCUUAGUUUAUGGAAAAGCAUGUCACCUCCCAGUAGAGAUAGAACACAAAGCAUAUUGGGUAGUGAGAGAGAUUAACAUUGGAUUUGAGAAGGUCGGAGCUGAACGGAAGAUGCAGCUACAAGAAUUAGAGAACCUUCGUCUAGAAGCAUAUGACAACUCUAGGCGAUACAAAGAGAAGAUGAAGGCCGUGCAUGACAAGCACAUUAAAAGGAGAGAGUUCAGACCAGGGGAAUUGGUUCUCUUCUACAACUCUAGACUAAGGCUCAUGCCAAGCAAGCUGAGAUCAGGAUGGGAAGGCCCCUAUAGAGUAGAGAAGGCAGAGCCAUAUGGAAUCUUUCACCUAAGUCAUCCUUCAAGCUCUAAAUUCAUCAAGGUAAAUGAACAUCGCCUUAAGCUAUAUCACGGUGAGCAGAUGAAGAAAAGUAAGGAGCUGGAGAUCUUUCUCUUGGAGGAUCCACCCACAGCAGAAGACUGA